AAAUAAUCCUUUAUUAUGUCCUUAGGAUGAGAGAAAUUUCCCUUUUAGCUGCUCCUAAUUUUUUAAAAUCAUCACACUUAUCACAGCAACACUUUUCUUAAAAAUUAAAAUCUGCUCAUCUCAAUUCUUUGGUAAUAGCAGUGAAUCCCUACGUUAAAGAAGGGCUGAGAAUUGCUGAAUCCACUUUACAAGAGAAGCCCUAUGGCCUGACCUGAACAGACAAUAACUAACCUCUCCUAGCUCUUGAGUAUUUUAAAAGACAAUAGUUUAGGUGCCUUAGAAAUUCACUGAGAGCCUUAGAAACCCACAUUAACACAGUUCUCCCUUGCUCGACUUUGCUCUUCAACCAUUUACGUAAACCAAGUUUUUUUCCCGACUGACGAAAUUCAUUAAUAUUUUGCAACAAAGACAAAGAAACACUUGACUGACUAGCACAAUCACAAGGCGCAACGAACUCUCGCGCGAGGUUAAGACGUUACUGCCCCCACGUGACAGGUUGCCAUAGCAGCGUCCCCCCAAGUGGAACCAGAGGGGUGGUGCGAGGGGCGGAGCGAGGCUUCUGCGGAGGAGAACGGACGCUCACCUCCGGCAGGUCUGACUUCUACCAAAAUGAGCGGCGUGGAUGAGGGCGACAGCCUCCUGGUCGCGAAAACCUGCGGCCUCGCUCCUCCCGACCAUGCCCCAGGACAUCCGGACCUAAAGCAGUGUCAGGGCGAGGAGACCGAGGCGACCCUGGUGAUGGCGGACGCAGGUGAGGGCGGCCUGGAGGCCGCCGCAGAGGGAGGCGCACCCCGGGACCCCGCGGGCUGUGGCCUUGCGCUCCGCAUUCGAGUUGCUGGGAGUCGCGGCCGCGCAGCUCCCAGAGCCGGCCAGAAAGAGGCUCCGGCUUCCACGGAGGGCCUGGAGGCGGCCUCUGCCUCCACCUCAGUGACAGCCGACAGUAGCCAGGAAAAUGGCUGUCCGCGUAGAGAGCUGCGCAGCCCUGCUGUCGAGAAGGCUCUAGAAGCCUGUGGCGCAGGGAGGUUGGGAUCUCAGAUGAUGCCGGGGGCGAAAGCCAAAGAAAUGACGGUAAAAAAGUGCGCUGUUUCAGCGACAGCGGAAAAAGAGGGAGUAUCAGAGGCGGUGGUGGAGGAAAAGAAGGUGAUGCAGAAGGAGAAAAAGGUGGUAGGAGGAGCGAAAGAGGAGGCCCGGGGCAGGGCCCCGAAGAUCAAUAACUGCAUGGAUUCGCUAGAGGCCAUCGAUCAGGAGCUGUCAAAUGUAAAUGCCCAGGCUGACAGGGCCUUCCUUCAGCUGGAGCGCAAGUUUGGCCGUAUGCGAAGGCUCCACAUGCAGCGCAGAAGUUUCAUUAUCCAGAAUAUCCCAGGUUUCUGGGUCACUGCUUUUCGCAACCACCCCCAGCUGUCGCCUAUGAUCAGUGGCCAAGAUGAAGACAUGAUGAGGUAUAUGAUCAAUUUGGAAGUGGAGGAGCUUAAACACCCCAGAGCAGGCUGCAAAUUCAAGUUCAUCUUUCAGAGCAACCCCUACUUCCGAAAUGAGGGGCUUGUCAAGGAAUAUGAGCGCCGAUCCUCUGGCCGGGUGGUGUCUCUUUCCACUCCAAUCCGCUGGCACCGGGGCCAAGACCCCCAGUCCCAUAUCCACAGGAACCGGGAAGGCAAUACUAUUCCCAGUUUCUUCAACUGGUUCUCAGACCACAGCCUCCUAGAAUUCGACAGGAUUGCAGAGAUUAUCAAAGCAGAACUGUGGCCCAAUCCCCUCCAAUACUACCUGAUGGGUGAUGGGCCCCGCAGAGGAUUUCGAGACCCAGCAAGGCAGCCAGUGGAGAGCUCCAGGACCUUCAGGUUCCAGUCUGGUUAACUCCUGCCCUUGUGAGAAGCUCCUGCAUAAGUUUCCUUACCAGCUCCUCUUGGACCUGUGCUUAGCCAACAGCAUGCAGUCUUCCAUUUACUUUCUUUUCACACUGGAUUAUUUUGUCCUUUGGUCCUUCUAAAUCCUCAAAAAUCAGUGGCAAGAUAGUCGCUUAUAUGCCUAUGCUCUUCUUCCUCUGAGCCUUCCUGCUGUUCUGCGUCCUGUUACAUGUUACGAGUGCAUGGCCUUCCACUACUUCUAUGCCAAGCACAUGAUACUGUAGAUAUGCACUGCCUUCUUUUGCAUGCCCUGGGCCCUGUCUGACUAUAGCCUUCUCCCAGUUUUUAAAGUGCUUAUCUACCACAAAGAAGCUUGAUAUACCUUUGCAGAUACUUAGCUGGGCUUCAGAUUUUAUGCUGGCUGUUCUCCUGAAACCCAUGUACUCUGUGGCAAGAUCUUUGAGUUUCACUGCUACAAGAUGAAGCUGAUAUAGAUGAUGCCAGCCAUCAACCCAGACUGAACAUUCCAGGCUACCAGUAACUGGUUUUCAGCUGUCUUCCUGGGUCCGUGCCAUCCAUCCUGCUGCUUAUCUGGCAGAAUAAGCAGCUGGCUGGUGGGUGGCUACUAGGCAUGAAUGAGGUAACAGAUGAGAAAUGUUCUGUGUUAUCAUGUUGGUCUUCUUAUGCCUUUGGUCACUCUGCAUUGUGACCAGACUGGUGAGUAUGAAGGCCUGUGAUAUGGCCAGCCCAAACCUGCUCUCAGCCUUCUGGGUGAGCUUCGCACAGGCACCAUUUCCUUCCUCCUCAGGAACUAUCUGUAGACCUAAGCUCCUCGGCAGCACACAGGAACUAUCCCCUUCCCUGUCCGCCAAAUGGUUACCCAUAAACCCAAUUAGCUGUCAGGCAGGUUGGGCAGUCAUAAUAUCACAGUGCUCAAAGCAAAGCUGGUGGGAGGUCCACUCAGCAGUUAGCCUUUUUGAGCCCUUGCCAAAUAAACCACCCUUAAUCUAGGCAACUUUACUAGGCAUCCCCCUCUCUGCCCCUCCUGCACCCAUUCUGCACAUGACAAAGUUGCCAGGGUGGGGACACCGAGGAAGAGGUAUUUCUGGUCUCUGGGGCCUGUUAUGCAUCUGUUUCUCUUUCCCUCUCUCUCUCCCCUCCAUCUCUCCCUCCUUCCCUCCGUCCCUUCCUCCUCCUUCCUCUCAGAAGCAGUUACAGCUCAGAAGUGGAAAAUAAAACUGGCAAAGCAGGUUUUUUGUUUAAUUGCUGUCCCUUUUGAUUGUGUUCAGAAGGAAGAAGGUACUGUGCAUUGGACUCCAGAUUUCCUAUUGCCGUCCUCUACCCUCAUGCCUCCACCUCACUUUCUUUAGCAAAGUCUAAACAUUUCAAAGGGGGAACCUGUAGGUUAAUUGCCUACUUAUUAUGGGCAUUGUGUUUUGGGGCCAAUUUUGACAACCCCAUCCUCUUCCUUCUCCAUUUACCAAAACCUUGUGUGUGUUUUCUUGAGCUUUAGUUUGGGAAGCUCAGGAGAGAGACAGAAGGGCCUCAUCGCGAUGGCUUCAGGACAGACCCAGAGCAGGCUGUGAUCCACGGCAAUCAAAACUUAGUUUCACUCCAUGUUUCUAAGCAUGGAAAUUCUUUUUUGGGCCUUGGACCACUUAGAAAUAACUCCAAGGUAGCAUUUUGAGGGUCACUCCUGUCCUCUGUACUGUUCUUUUACUGCCCUGUUGUCCCAUGGCCUCCGUCCUACUGCCUGGCAUCCUUGGCUCUCAGUCCUCAGCUUCUGCAUUUCCUUCCCUGCUUCUGACCUAAUAAAUGAGGGAGCAGGCUGCAGUCUGCAUUGUGGGAGCUGCCAAGAUUCCCUCCUAGGGGUUAAGGAGUUGUGUGAAGGGGUUUGGGAUGUCUGGACACAGAGCAGUGGGAAGGGUGUCCUAGGCUGUAGAAACUGAAAUCACAGAAAACAAAUGAGCUUGCUGUGGAUUGGGCUUGGGAAAGCAGAAAGGAAAGACUGGAACCCUGCAGGGUCAGGGGUAGGAGGGAGGGCCCCUGAGGUUUUUCCCGGGAGAGAUGGAAGAAUGAAAGUGGUUGAUGUUUAGAGGAUGCUUGGAGGAGUUAGGUUCCCCCCAGUUUUUCCUAACUCCUUGAAUUCACCAGUAGUUUUUUGUACACACAAUGCAAGUCUGAAUGUUUUGUAUUAUUCUAGAAUAUGUGAACUGUUAAUGGUAUAUGCUCCUUAUUUCAUUGUGUUUGAGUAAAGUCCUGUUAAUUCUUUUAUCCAUUUUUGCUUGCUGGCAAAAUUGACAUUUACAGGCCUGCUUUUUGCUUGUAACUGAGAAUGUGUGCAAAAAUAUCAAGCUUGUUUCCUGUGCAGUUUGAAGACUUGUAUGAUUAUUCACUAAUAUAUCAGCUUGUUCUGGUCUCUCUUCUUAUAUUAGCUCUAUUCUUAGAAAUAUAAUUUGAAUGUGAUCUUUGAAAUUGUGCAAAUUGUUGCUGUCUUGUGGAAGUAUUCUCAAACAGAAAAACAUAACUCUGUCGUCUUGAUAUUUCUUGGCCUAGUAGUAAAUGUUGUACUUGACGUCUUAUGUACCUAACCAGUGUAAGUACUCGUAGAAUUGCUGUCAAACUAAACGAAGAUAGUACUUUAGUCUUCUCCUAUGUGCUCGAAGGAAAAAUAAAUCUGUUACUUUGCUGUAUUCUUGUUUUCACUAAAAAAUAAAAAUAAAGCUGUCUGUUUUGUCUAGGCUA